AUGUCCCGCAAAGCAGGAAAGAAAGGAGCAAAGCCAAAAAUAGAAGAUGAUGAUGACGAUCAAAUGGCUUUCCUUUUAGCAGCAGCCGCCAAAAAUAAUGCUAAGAAGGAAGAAGAAGCGAAAAAAGUUUUAAUUCCAGAUGAAGUUUUCAAAGAUCUUCCAGAACCACCACUUAAGCUUCACCCAGACGGAAACUUUGGAGAAAGAUGCAUCCAAAAGUACAGUGAUGAAAUGCUUGCAAAAGUUACUGUUGAUACUUCAGCAGAAGAGAGACUUGCUGAACUUAAGGAAGCACUUCCAUCAUUCCGUGAAGCAGGCAUUAUCCAUCAAUCUGUCUGCGAAUGGGCAAUGAGAAGUGAAAUCAUCAAGCCAGGCGUCAAUCUCAACGAUAUGUGCGCUCGUAUUGAAGAAGGCGUACGUCGCAUGGUCGAGUUCAACCCACCAGUUCGCGGCUUGGCCUUCCCAUGCGGCUGCUCCAUCAACAACUGUGCCGCGCACUAUUCUCCACUUCCAGGCGAUACAAGAGUUCUCCAGAAGGACGAUGUCAUGAAGAUUGACUUCGGUGUCGCCAUUAAUGGCUACAUUAUCGAUAGUGCUUUCACUGCAUGCUUCGAUCCACGUUUUGAUCCACUCAUUGAAGCCUCCAAACAAGCUACAGAGACAGCAGUCAAGAUGGCUGGCCCAGAAGCCCGCAUCAGUGAGAUUGCCGCUCAAAUUGAAGAAGUUAUUACCUCAUAUUCAAUCGAAUUAAAUGGAAAGACAAUUCCUCUCAAGCCAGUCUACAACCUUACCGGCCACCAGCUCGGCAAGUACAUCAUCCACUGCGGAAAGAGCAUUCCUCUCACAAACAGAUCUCAUACAACAGAUAAAAUGCUUCCAGGCGAAGUCUACGCCUGCGAGACAUUCGCAACUACAGGCAAGGGCAUCGUCUUUGAUGACGGUAUCACAAGCCAUUUCAUGACAGUGAAGCAACCUCCAACUCCAAAGAGCGGAUCCGAACAGAAGUUGCUCACUUUGCUCCAGGACAACUUCAAGACAAUGGCGUUUUGCCAACGCUUCAUCGAACGAGCCGGAGAUAGAACUUAUUCGCUCACUUUGAACGAACUCAUCAAGAAUAAGAUCGUUAAACCAUACCCACCACUUUCUGAUGUUGAAGGAUCCUACGUUUCUCAGCAUGAACAUACUUACGCUCUCUUCGAAGACCAUAAGGAAGUUUUCAGCAAACCAUUCAUGUAA